AUGGCUCAGAAGACACUCCGUCAAUUCUCAGCCCCGUCCAAUAGCCAUAUUCCUGCUGGACUGAACAAUUACCAAGGCACUAAUGGCUUUGAGAUAAAGACUGGGCUUGUCAACAUGGUCCAAGCAUGUCCCUUCUGCGGAAAGGCAUCAGAGGAUGCUCACGCUCAUCUACAGAAUUUUCUGGAAGUGAGCAGCAUAAUCAACCCAAAAGGCAUUACGAUGGAUAAUGUUCAUCUUCGACUGUUCCCAUUCUCUUUGCUUGGGAAAGCAAAGACGUGGUUUUACACCUACAAGGAAGGAUUCGAUAUUUGGGAUGCGUGCUCCAAUGCUUUUCUGGUCAAGUACUUUCCGGUGGGCAAAACCAAUGCCCUUCAGGACAAGACAGUCUCGGAAGUCUGGGAACGUCUUCAGGAAUACAUUGCAGCAUACCCACACCAUGGCAUGGAAGAAUGGCUUAUCAUUCAGAACUUCUUCCAUGGCCUGAAUCAGCGAUCGCAAGAUCAUAUGGACGUAGCAGCUGGAGGAGCAUUUAUCUCCCUCAAUGUUGCAGGAGCUAGAACGCUCAUCGACAAGGUUGCUUUCAACUAG